GGCAGUUCCUCAGCGGUGUCCUCUAUAUCAUUAUCAGUCUCUUGCUCGGUGAGAGGGACAAGUAACACAGCAGUUUCCCGAAACCACUGCGUGCGGUUUAUCCAAUCUGUACCAUCAGAUGGCAGGUCUGGCUGCACUCUCACACAGUGAAUGGUGCCUGGCAUCUCUUCCCUGUCUCUGUUUGUCUUAGCUGACGCUCUGCUAAAAAUAAUAAUAAUAAUAAUAAUAAUAAUAAUAAUAAUAAUAAUAAUCAUAAAAAGACGGAGCAAAGUAAUCGAGGCAAUGAACCCGUCAGCUGGAAAUGUUCGUCAGCAUCUUAUUUUCCAGAAGUACCCAAUUUAGCUUUGGCGAUCCCGGACAGGAGCUGGUCUUCUCAUCAGCUGUUUAUCUUUCUGUCUCGAUGGCACGCUGCUUCUUCUCAUGAGAUAGCGGUGAGGAAUCACACACCUAACUGGGGUUUAGCUGUCUUUAUCCUGCCAUCAUUCCCACAUGCUAACGGGAAAAUAUAUAUAUAUCCAUCUACCAGGGGCAUCUAUCUUUAGUAGGGGGAGCGACAAGUACCCUAUAUUGUAUAGUGGUAAAUAAUAAUACAAAUCUUUGUUUCGUGUGCUGGUGAGAUUAACAACAUUCUGGUGAAGAAAGAAUUUGGACAUUUGUAUGGAGUUUCAACCUGACAUUCUUACCUCGGUCACCUUUUUUGCAAGGAACGGGAUGUUUACAUUAUGUUUGGAUAAAAAGGGAAAAUAAGGAAGAUUUGUUAUGAUUGAAGAAACAGUGACUUCCUUUACCCGUGUCACUUUUUUGCAAGGUACGGGAUCUUUACAUUGUGUUGGGAUAAAAAGGGAAAACAAAAAAGGAAGACUUCUUAUGUUUUGAAGAAACAGUGAGUUCCUUUCCCUCUGUCUUACUAGUAAUACUAGCGUGAUUAACUACAGUACAGCGAGACGCAGAAGGCAACUAAAUCCUAACAAAGAAUACUGGCCAUUGUAUUUACAGAAGUUUGAUGGUUUUGCACUGCUGCUGGGUGGUUAAUGAUUGCGAAAAGGGUGUACAGCUAUGAGAAGAAGACGGGCUGUAAUUGAUGAAUGUUUGGUAACGAGAAGGUCCUAGUGCAUGUUGGUUGCAUAGAGCGUUCCAUUUCAAACAGAUUCGUCUCACAGGUGUUUCUGGGACCAGAAGGCAAAUUGGAUCAUUUGGAGUUACGGUGAUCCACGUGGGACAUAAACGCCCGAGUGGAGCUUUUAACAAUGGGCUGCUGCAGUGGAAGAUGCACACUUGUCUUUAUAUGUGGCAUGCAACUGGUCUGCAUAUUGGAACGGCAAAUAUUUGACUUCCUUGGUUACCAGUGGGCACCGAUCCUUACAAACUUUGUGCAUAUUAUUACAGUGAUACUUGGCCUCUUUGGAACAGCCCAGUUCAGACCAAGAUAUGUAACCGGGUAUGCAGUCUGGCUGGUCCUCUGGGUCGCAUGGAAUGUGUUUGUUAUCUGCUUCUACUUAGAGGUCGGAGACCUUUCAAAGGAUACAGACCUAAUUAUGACAUUCAACAUGUCAAUGCAUCGUUCUUGGUGGAUGGAAAAUGGACCUGGGUGCAUGGUGACUCCAGUGACCCCAGCUCCUGACUGGGCACCAGAGGACCAUCGCUACAUUAGUAUCUCAGGAUGCUUGUUGGAGUACCAAUAUAUAGAAGUAGCUCACAGCACCCUUCAGAUUAUCCUUGCACUUGCUGGAUUUAUCUAUGCCUGUUAUGUUGUGAAAUUAAUUACUGAAGAAGAAGAUAGCUUUGAUUUCAUAGGAGGAUUUGAUUCUUACGGUUAUCAGGGCCCACAGAAGACCUCGCAUUUGCAACUACAGCCUAUGUAUAUGUCAAAGUAACCCAGGUGGCUGCCUUAAGAAAAAAAAACAACAAAGAACAGUGACCUUCUGUGUUUUGCUUAUAUGUCUUAAAAAAUGCUACAGUGUCUUAACUGAUUUAAGAAAAAAAAGAUCCUGUUGUUUAACCUCAAUGACAAAAAAGAAUGCACUGGACUUUCCUUUGUCUGUACACAACAAAUCAAGUAGCAAGUUAAACCAGAUGGACUUGAGAGGAUCCGGCAGAACAGUGCCCUCCAGAUGCAUGGUCCUUGCUGUUACCUAUAUCUCCAGUCUGUCUGUUGCUGCUUUCAAUCAAAUAACCAGAAUCAUUAAGGUCAUUAAUAAUAUUGAUUUUAUAAAGAAAAGCAUUUCUCUUUUUUGUUGUAGCUUGAGUAAUACUAUAAGUGCCAAGAUGUAUUCAAAGAGUAGAGGAUUAAUGAAUGUCUUUUAGGCAAAAAAUAGUCUUGAUUUAAACUCUACUAAACCAAAAAAGGUUUUCAAGGUGAAGUCCAAUGGCAACAGACAAGUCCAUACUGACUAGUUAAGUGCACCUUUCAGAGUACAAUUAGACAUGUUCUCUAUUUGCAGUGGCCAGAACAAUAUCUUGCUUAAGAUGGACAUAAAAUAACAGCGCACACAACUUCUGAAGCAAACCUGCUAUAAAUUAGCAAUGAAAACGUGGGUGAUUCACAGUUUCUCUGUAUCGGGUAAUACACGUCAUUGUAUGUUGUUGUAAAUGAGUGCACAGACAUGCCUGAUGAAAUGACUUAGGGAAAACGUGAAUUUCUAUUAACAGGCCAACUUAGUUGUUACUUUUUUAUAGUUAACUUAUAAGUUUAUUAUUAUACUGUGUUAGUGAGCCUUUUUUCUUACAGCUGUAAAAAAACAAAAAAAAUGUAUUUGUAUUAGUGAUUUCCUGAUAAUAUGGUGUUAAGAGGCGGAGUAGUGUGUGAUAGUGAGUAUUUUAUCUUCCAUGUGAUGUGGCUGAAAACUGUGCUUUGUGUAGUGGGUGGCACGAAACCAUGAAGAACUGAAGAGUAGCUCUUUGCGCUUGUCUUCUCCUCCAGGGAUCUCUUUCCGUGUAUGAAAGGGUUUGUAAAUGAGGGCUUGCACUGCAAAUUUCUGCACCUGUAUCCAUUUGGGGUGGACAGUCUGUGAAAAUGCAAAUGCUUUCAGGUUGAACAUAUGGAACGACCCCAGUAAUUCUCCAACCUGUUCUUUAAUGGUAAACCAGGAGCUUCUCAUCGAAACUGGGAAUUUAAAUUGGCCUCCAGUAAUGGAGUACCUUAAGUGAUAAAUAAAACAAAAAGGCUGAAGUGUCAGAAAACCUGACUGCAAAUACAUUCUCCCCAGUCUAAAUUGUGGGAAGAGAAACUGCAUGAAUUAUGUAGUACAUAGUUGUGGAUCAUUGUGUUAUAAAAAUCUGAAAAUGUAGGGGCAUAUCAUACAAAGAUAUGUCAGCCCAAAAGCCUUGUUGAUCUUUUGCAUUCAGUGUUUCUGAACUUUAUUACUGGACUACUUUUACUGAGUGUAAUCUGUUUUGCGCUAUACCUCCAUGACUGAGCUUGAAGUUGUCCAGGCCCCUGCUCUGAAUGAAGUUCUUACUGUAGUUCACUGUUGUUAUCUGAAUUUCUGGCAUCAAAUUUAUACAGCACCGCCAUCAUUAAAAUGUUGUCUAAGCAUAAAUCUGAAGCCUGCAGAUUAUGUUUAUUUGCUGAUGCAAGCCCUGCUGACUUUAUUAAAAAAAAAAAAAGAAUAAUAAUUAGCCUAGAAGCCAUGAGUUUAUCCAGGACAAGUUCAGGAUUUGAAUGAGGUGUUUGUAAAUGCUGUACUCAACAUUCCAAAACAAUAAGAGCCAGAUUAUUAUUAUUUUUUACUGUGAUGGGUGCUGAACAUCUGUGUCUGUAGUGACCACCAGAGGGAGCUCCAGGCGAAAGUAGUCCUUUGUGCCAAUUCUACGCUUUACAGUAGUCAGAUAAUGUUUGGGGUUAAAUUAUGUAUUUAACAUUUUAUUGUGCAAUAUACUAACAACUGCAUAUACUAUAUAAAUCACUCACUCAUGUCUGAGUAUAAUUUACUCAGUCUUUUUAUAUGUACUGUAUAUAUAAACUAUGUAUGCACUAUCCUCAAUGGAAAUAUAAAUAUAGUUCAAACAUAGAGUUAUCCCCUUAGGUUUGUAAGCUAUGAAAAAUAAGUUAUCAGGAGCACCAGCAAGUCACUAUUGCUAUUGAAUGCCCCACACCCUUUAUAUUCAGUGGUGGUAUCACUACAGUAUGUAAAUAAACGAUUCCAAACCAAUUCUGAUGUUUUGCGAUUAUUCUAGAAUUAAUUUUUUAAUCCCAAAUAGGAAAUCUUUUUACAUGCAUAUAGUGGCAUACAAUAGUUAUUCAAAUAUACUUCAAGCGUAUACAGUGAAAAAGAAGACUCCUUUUGAAGUCUAUCUUCAAAAGAACGUCAGUUGUUUUGUUUGGGUUCGGCGCUAACUUCUAUUUUUAAUUAGUUUUAGCUAUUUUUCUAUUUCUGUUACUUUUUAAAACUACUGUAAAUAUAAUAAAUUCCAUUUGUGA